AUUAUACGAUACAAUUAAAAGUCUAAUUAGCGAUCAUUUUGCAAGUUCUCUUUUAGUUUCUUGCCAUCUUCGUGCAAACGUGACACUCUCGUUAAAUAAGAUAGGUAUUAUAAUAUUUGUUGGCAUUGACAGGUCUUUCUUCGGCGUCUCACGGCCGUCAAUGACCACGACGUUCUUACAUACCAAGUUGAGUAGUGUAAUUCGUGAUUCCGUUGAGUAGAGUUAUUCAUUUAUCAGUUUUAAGUCGAUGUAAGUGUUUUUUUGAGACUCUAUAUAUUAAUUUCAAGUUCUAGUUACAGUUCUCUGAGUGUUUGAUCGCAGAAAUUAAGAGAAGAUGUACAAGUCAUUGCUAUUUGUGGCUGCGGCCGUCGCGUUGGCGUCUGCCCACGACGAUAUCGAGGUAACCCGUGCGAUCGCCAUUCUGAAAGCUGAUGGAGUCUCCGGAAACGUGACCUUCACUCGUGAGGCCGACGGCCAAAUCCGCAUCGGAGGCAGGAUCGUCGGUAUGAAGCCUGGCAUGUACGGGUUCCAUGUCCACGAGAAGGGAGACCUCAGCAACGGCUGCGCCUCCACUUUGGGACACUUCAACCCUAACGGAAACGACCACGGCCAUCCUCAUGACGAGAACCGUCACGUCGGCGACCUUGGCAACAUCGAGUUCGACAGCACCCAGACAGCUGAUCUCGACUUCGUGGACCACCUCAUCAAGCUGAACGGUCGCCACAACAUCAUCGGCAGGGCUGUGGUCCUCCACUCCAUGGCUGACGACUACGGCAGGACCGACCACCCUGACUCCAAGAAAACUGGAAACGCUGGCGGCCGCGUCGCCUGCGGAGUCAUCGGAAUUAUGGACUAUACUCUGCCGAAAUCGAACGCAGCAUCAACAUCUUCUGCCAGCGUCGUUGUGGCACUUACCUUCUACACCUUCGUAGCAGCACUUAUGUGUUAAAAAUAUACCGUUUAAUUAUUUAUUACACAGUCUAGUAAGAAUUAAUAAUGUGCACUUUGUU